AGAAAGAGAAUCUUAAUGCUGACUUGCUUUUCAGUUGAUUGUCUGUCUGUCAUCUCUUGUAGAUGCCUGGUUGAGAACAAAGGAGAUGUUGCUUUUGUGAAACACACCACUGUCCUGGAGAAUGUAGAUGGAAAGAAUACAGAAGCCUGGGCAGCAAACCUGGAAAGUAAAGGCUUUGAGUUGUUAUGUUUAGAUGGAAGCAAGAAGGAAGUGAACAAAGCACCAGAAUGUCAUCUGGCCAAGGCACCAAACCAUGCUGUGAUCUCACGGAAAGAUAAGGCACUGUUAGUUCGCCAGGUGCUAUUGAAUCAACAGAGUCGGUUUGGAACUUAUGGGAAUGAUCGAGAAACUUUUACUAUCCUCCCCAAAACCAAAAACCUCCUGUUCAAGGACAACACUGAGUGCUUGGCAAAACUCCCAGAUGACAUCACUUAUGAAAGAUUCUUAGGACAAGAGUAUGUCACAGCUGUUGGCUCUCUCAAGAAAUGCUCAAUUUCCCCUCUCCUGCCUGUCUGUGAAUUUCACAAAUUCUAGAAAGCCAGGAAAGUGAGACUUCCUCCCAUGAGGGACUAGCCACCAGAAUGCUGUACUGGUCUUUGCUGUUCUCUUUCCGGACCGCCCAGUGUGGUGGGGACCUCCUUCUUACCUCCUUUUAACAGAUGACCCUAGAGGGGAAUAAUGUCUUCAACCUUCCCACUUCCCUGCUGUCAUCUGAACAAUAAAUAAAGUGGAAGAAUGUCAGUGA